AUGGGGCUGGAAAGACGAAGUGCGGCCGGGACCGAGGGCGACGCUACCGACAAUGCACACGCACCGUCCAUCCACUAUCUGGUUAUAUUAACCAGCCGCGUUCGAACGACUCCGCGCCGUUUACAAACAAACGGAGACGCGCCGCCUCUCCUUUUUGGCCGAGGUGGCGGCCGGUGUGUCGACCAUGCGCCGCGUAUUCCCGUUUCUAAACCAAUCCCGGCCAACUUCACGCCAGUUGCGUCCCGACCGCCGUCGACGGCGGACCAGUGCCGCGCGCUGCCCCGCGAUCGUCGCACUCGCAACGGCCCAAAG